AUGAAGAAAAAUCAAUCUCUUUUCAAAAGAGUCCUAAUUUCAGGGGAAAGAGGAAAGUACAAGGCAUGCUAAAUUUGUUAGAAGAAGUUUGGUACAGAACAUUAAUGCAAAAGGUAUUAAUAAUAUAUAUUGUAGAUGCAAGAGAGCAGUUUGUGAAAAGUGUUCUAAUUUUAAAGGAAGAGUAUUUACGGAAUCAGGAUAAGAAGAAAAAGCCUUACAUAGAUAAUGUAAGGUUUGUAAGGAGGAAAGUGAUUCAAUCAAAAAAUUUGUGGAUAGUAAUCGUAUCUAAUUUCUUCAGGAUACAAAAGCACUUGAGUGGUUAAAUUAGUUUGGUGUUACAAAAGAAUAAGCCAAAACAGUAUUUAUAUUGGUAUAUUCAAAUUUAGGAAUAUUUGUAAGCCUAAAGUAAGAUUUCGCAGAGUGAAUAAUCAGAAGUCAGAAAACUCAAAAAUAACUUAAAUAUUGCAUUUGCUGAAAUACCAGGAGUAUUCAACUAUUCAAUAAGAGAGUUCAUGUACUAUGUAAUUAAGGAUAAUGAAUAUGAAACAUUGAAAUAAGUAACAGGGAGGGUAUUAGAAACAUUUCUGUCGAAUUAUCAUGAGGUUGGGUUUUCUCCAGAUUUAAUUAUGUUAACAGUAUUCUUUCUUUGUUUUGGAUCUGAAUCAGCUGCCUUUUCCUUACUUAACAUUUUUUUUGCGGAGAUGGUAUAAGCUAAUCUAUAUCCUGCUAAUAUCAUGUCUUAUGAUAAUGGAGAAGAUAUUGAUAGAGUUCUAUUAGUUUUAAGUUCUUCAUUUAAAAUGUCUUAACAAGACAAGCCAUUAAUAACAAACUUUUUGAAGUCAAGAUUAAUAAAAUAUUAAUAAUGUUUUACUAUGAAUAUGUUGCAAUUUGAAUCAACAUAUUAUGUAAUUGAUUCUUUAUAUUCAUUACAUUAACAAGCUUAAGAUGAGUUUAUAAAAUUUAUUGCAUCUGCAUUAUCAUAAAACAUUGCUGAUGUAAAAGCUAAUCAAUUAAAUAUUGAAGAAAUAGAAGUUAUUUUGUUAAGAUAAGUGAAAUAUUCAAUGAUAUAAGAUGGAUAUUUUAAAACAAAAAGUGUUUAAUUUUCACCAUAUGUAAAAACUAUGUCAAUAUCUUAAAUAACAAGCAGAUUUUCUUCUGUUAUUUAAGAUACAACAUCAAGUAAUAUGGACUUUGAUAGAGUGAGCAUUUUGAACAAAAUAGUUGAAAAUCAAAAGGAAGAAAUUGCAAAAUUAAAUUCCUAAUUGACUGGAAAUGAUUUGGUUAGAAAAAAAACUGUUUAAUUGAAACUCAAAGAUCAAACUAACUUAUAAAAUGAUUUGAAAUAGGUGGAAGAUGAAGAUUUAGUAUUUUCUAAUUUGAGAAGAAAAACAAUGAAUGUAUUAAAUUAACAGGAAGUUGAUGAAGAUGUUGCUGUAUUAACAGAUUAUAUAAAUAAAUUGGAAGAAGUAUUAAUAUUAAAGCAUAGAGUAGUAAAGGAUUAAAAUAUCAAAAUUUUGGAAAUGCAAGAAAAGAAUGAAAAACUAUAUGAAGAAAUAUAAAAACUUAAAAAAGAAGUUUAAUUAUCUGAAGUUAAAUUUAUUGAUUAAACAAAAGUUACUCAUUAAAUUGAAAAGGAAGUUAAUGAAAAAUCAAGAAUAAUUGAUGAAUAUAAAAAAAAAAAUAAGGAAUUAUAAGACAAUUUGGUCUCUGCUUAAACCGAAAAUAAUAAAUAUAAAAUAUAAUUACUUGAAGUCAAAGCCUUAGAAGGAAAUUAAGCUAUUGGUGAUGGAUUGAAAUAAAGUUCUUUUUAAAGGGAGAUGCAAAAACUUUAAGAUGAUAAUGCUAGAUUAUAAAAGAAAAUUGUAGAUUUAGAAAAUUAAGUCUUAGAAUAAAAUUCCAAAUCUAGUGAUUAAAAUGAAACAAGAAAGCUUCAAAUUUAAAUUACUUAACUUGAAUAAUCAAAAUUUUUGAUUAAUGCUUAAUUAAGCUAGAGAGAAGCUACAAUCACAUAAUUGUAAAGACAAAUUUAAGGGUUAUUAGAUGAAAGCAAUGUGAAAUCAGAGGGUGAUUAAAUUAUGUAAGAAAGAAAAAAAAAUUCUGAAUUAUAACUUUAAAUAAGUAAUUAUUAAAAUUCAGAAAAAGUUUGGAAUUCAAAAUUUAGUGAUAUUGAACAUAAACUAAAAGAGUAAAUGUUAAUCAAUUAAGAAUUGAGAACUAAAGUUAACUCUUCAAAUCCUUCUAUAACAAUUACAAAAGAUGAAAAUGAGAGAAAUUAUGAAAGAAUUCGAGAAUAAUUAUAAUUUGAAUUGGAAGCUAAAACAACCUUAACUAAAUAAUUAUUUUAAUAAAUUGAGGAAUUAUCUAUAAAAUUGAAUUAAGAGAGAUCCAAAUCAUAAAACUUAUAAAUUGAAUAUGAUCAACUUUUAGAAUAAACAAAUUUCAGAUAAAAUAGAUCUUAAACAAUAUAAUAAUAAAACUAAUAAAAAGAUUAAAGAAUUCAAGAUUUUAGUGCAUAAAUUGAAUAAUUAUAAUUAGAAUUAUCUAAAGCAAGAUCAUAAUAAUAAUAAUUAGCAACUAUGCAUUAAAAUCUUUAAGAAAAUUUUAAAGCAGCAGAAAUGAAAAUUGUAGAACUAGAACAUUAAAAAAAAAUGUAUGAUAGAACAAUAUAAGAAAAAGUAGAGUUAGUAACUUCAUAUGAAACAAAAAUAAAAGAAUUAAACACUUAAAAAAAUUAAUUAGAUGAUUAAUUGACAGAAAGUUUAAAAAAAUAAAGUGAAUAAAAAGUUUAAUUAGAUAGUUUGUAAUUUUAAGUUGGAAAUAAAGGAAGAGAAUAUGAAAAUCUUAAAUAAAAAAUAGAAGAAUAGGAACUAAUUAUUUUAGGGUAAAAAGAAAAGAUUCAUAAAGUAAAGGAAUCAAAUGAAGCAGAAUAAAAUGAAAAAUCAAUUCUUGGAACAGAAUAAGAAAAUCUAAAAAAAUAAUUAUAAAUGAAAGAAGAAUAAAUACGUUCAAGAUAAGAAUAAAUCAAUAGUCUCAAUGAAUAAAUUAGAAAUUUGAAUGAAAAGGUAUCUAAUCUAGAAUAGUAAAGAACACUUUAACUCAAAUAAUUGAAACAUCUUGAAGAUUAAAUAAAUUCUAAAGAAAGGGAAUAUAUGACAGAAAUUUCAAAGGUUAUUUCUGAAAGAGAUUUACAGAAACAAAGGGUUAUAGAGGGUGAGGCUUAGAUAUUAAGAUUAUAAUAAAAUGAUAAGAAAUAAAAAACUGAAAUUUCAAAUUUAAAUGAGGAUCUAUAAUAAUAAUUAUUAACACUUGAAUAAUUAAAUAAGCAAAUUAAAGAUUAUGAAAUAUAACAAAAUUAAUCAAGGGAAACUAAUUUGGAAAAUAGCAAAGUUCAAUAAAUAAGAUUGGAGAAAUUGGAAUAAUAAAAUUCAAACAUGAACAUUAAAAUUGAGGCUUAAAGUUAAGAAAUUAAAUCAUAUAUUGCCAAAAUUGAAGAGCAAUUAACAAUAAUAACUGAAUUGAAAUAUAAAGUUUAGGAGGAAGAGAGUUUAAGAAAGGCAAAAGAAAAAUAAGCUAAUGACAAAGUUUAAUAAAUUGCUUAGCUUGAAAAUUAAUUAAUAAAAAUAUAAGAAAAAUAUAAUUAAAGCAAUAGAUAAUCAUAAGAUAUUUAAAAUCAAUAUGAUGAUCUAAAAAAAAGAUAUGAUGUUGAAUUAAACAAUAUGUAAUCUCUUUAGAGUAAAUCAAUUGAAUACAACUCUUUAUAAUAAAGAUAUAUGGAAUAAAGUCAAAAAUUAAGCUUUUUAGAAAAGUAAUUGUUGGAUUAUAAUGAAAUUGCUGAUUAACAUUAAAAAUAAAAGAAGGAACUUUAAAGUCUAACUGAUUUACUUGACUCAAAAUUAGCAACAAUUGUAGCUCAUGAGACUAAAAUAAUUGAUUUAACAAAUUAAUUAAAAGAAUCAAAUUCAUAAUUACAAUAAGUUAGAAAAGAAAAUCAUGAGAUUAUGUAGAAAAGAGCAUAAGAUAUGUAGGCUAUGGCAUAAUUGAAAUAAAUAGAGGUAGAAAAUGGAGAAUUAAAAUAAUAAGUUUAUUCUCAUGAAGCUACCAUUUAAAAUUAAGAAGCAUUAUUAUCAGUAUUAAAAGGAAAUUAAUUAAAUUUAGAGUAAAGUUAGAUGAAAUUAAAAAUUGAUUAUUAACAUUUAGAAGAAAAAUAUAAUGAAAAGUUGAUAGAUUUUGAUGAGAAAUCAAAGGCUCUUUUUAAUUUAUAAAAUAAAUUUGAUUAAAUGAAUUUUAGAGCUUAAUAAUCUGAAGAAAAUUUAAGACUUGUUGAAGAUUAGAGAGAUGAUUAUUAAAGUAAAUAUGAAUUGGCCUUGCAAGAGUUAGAUAUCUAUAAAGGAAAGGAUAAAGAGAUAAAUUUAAUGGCAGCAAAUAAAAUUGAAUUGUAAGAAUAAAUACAUUCUGUUUAGAAGAAAAAUAAAGUAUUAGAGAGAGAACUUUAAGUAUCUUAAAAUGCUUUAUAAUCAAAAGAAUCAGAUAUAUUAUAAUAUUAACAUACUAUAUAAAAAAAGGAAUAAUAAAUAACAACAUUAGAAGGAGCUAUUGUAAAACUAAAGGCUGAUUUAACAAAUUCAAAAAAUAGUUAUGAAUAAUUAUAAUUAGAAUUGACAGAAAUGAAUUCAGAACAAACUUCAUCUGGAGAAUUGUUUUCAUAAGUUAAAAAAUUAACUAAUGAUAAUCUAAAUAAAAACACUUAAAUUGAUUAAUUAAAAUUAUAAAUUAAUGAACUUUAAGAUAAAAACAGAAAUCUUGAGAAGUAAUAUAAUAAACUAAGAAGUGAUGGACUAAUAGGUAACUCAGCAAAUUCAGAAUCUUUUGAAUUAAGAUCAAGGUUAGAUGAAUUAGAAGGAUAAUUUAAAUAAUCUUAGAUUUCUAUUAAACAAAAAGAUUAUCAAAUUUAAGAAUUAAAGUAAUUGCUUGAUAAUCAAAAUUAUCAACCUUAUUAGAAAGAAAAAGAAAAAUAAAAUAAUCAUAAACCAAUAAAUAAUAGUAAUGAUCAUGAAAACAUGAAAAUAUAAGAAUAUUAAUUCAUAAUUGAAUAACAAACAGAAGAAAUAGAAAAUAUGAAAAGGAAUUCCCAAGGUUUGGGUGAAGAAUUAACAGAAUUAUUAACUUUAAUUGUGAGUGCAUUUUUAAAAAAGAAGAUCAAAAAAGAUUAAUUAAAUAUAGCUACUGUUCUUGAUUAAAUUAAACUAUUUUAAAAGGAAAAUAAGAGUCUAACAAUAAAAGAAGAGGAUGAUGAAUAAUUAGUCUUACAGAAACUUUAAUAAUAUAGAGGAGAUUAUAUCAACUUUAGAUUCAGAGUUGAAUAACUCUUAACAAGGAUAACUGUAUUAAAGUAAUAAAUGCUUUAAGUUAUCUCUGAAGCUAAAAUCUAAGGAAAGAAAAAAGAUGUAGAUAAGAAUAUGGAUGUAGAAAACUUAGUGAUGUAUUUCAAGUUGCUUUUGGAUUCGUAAGCUGUCUAGUACAGCAAUCAAUUGUAACUAUGUUAGUAAUAUGAAACUGAACUAAAGUCAUAUUAAAAUAAUACAAGUCCUUAAGGAUAAAUCAUAUAAUAAGUGAAAGAAUUAUUAUCAAAAGCUCCAUUUUUAACUUAACAAUAAAUAUAUUAAUUUACGGAACCAAAGGUUUCAAUUAAAUUAAGAAAAGAUUAAGAUUAAGAAGAUGCUAGACUAUUAUUAGAGGCUAGAAAUCAAUAAAUUUAGUGGUUAAAAAAUUUGAUAAAUGAAAAGUAAGAUCAACUAGCAGUUAUGAACACAUAUUUAACAAAUUUAAAACAGUUGAUGGAUAAAUAUCAUUUGAAAUGAA